AUGGACGCGGAGUUCAAUGCCUUGGUCCAUAAUCAUAUGUGGCGUCUUGUUCCGUUUCAACCAGGUAUGAAUGUUGUUGGUUGCAAGUGGGUUUUCAGAACCAAACGGAAGGCCGAUGGUUCAAUAGAACGUCACAAAGCUAGGUUGGUGGCCAAUGGUUUUAAUCUGGUUGCUGGAGAGGACUUUUUUGAGAAUCUUAGUCCUGUGGUUAAACCCACUAUGGUACGCCUUCUCUUAUCUUUAGCAGUAUCUCGUGGGUGGACUAUUCGCCAGUUGGAUAUUCACAACGCUUUUUUAAAUGGCGAGCUAGCUGAGACUGUUUACAUGCGACAGCCACCUGGUUAUGAGGACAAGUCGUUAACUGAUCAUGUGUGUUUGCUUAAAAAAUCUCUAUACGGGCUCAAACAGGCUCCGCAUGCUUGGUUCACAAGGUUACAUGAUUUUCUUAUCUCUGUGAGCUUCUCGCCUUCAAAGACGGAUGUGUCUCUCUUUAUCUAUUCUCGUGACAAUAUUCGUCUUUAUUUCUUGGUGUAUGUUGAUGACAUUUUGAUUAUGGGUUCUAACUCAGAUCGUGUUACUGCUCUUAUUGAUAAAUUAGCCCUUGAGUUUAAGGUUCGUGAUAUGGGUGUGCCUUCUUUCUUUUUGGUUAUUGAGAUUGUCCCGUUAUCUGGCGGUAUGCUUUUAUCACAAAAACGGUACAUGAAGGAUAUCCUCAAACGUGCUGGCAUGGUGGACUGCAAGCCAGUAGUCUCGCCCGUCUCGUCUGCGAAAAUCACUGACGAAGUUGUCGUUCCCUAUGCCGAUCCUACACAGUACAGGAGUCUUGCAUGUGCUCUCCAGUAUCUUACGGUCACCCUGAAUCUUAGUCUGCGUAUUUCUCGGUCUACAUUUAUGGAUAUUCAUGCCUAUUCUGACUCAAAUUGGGCUGGCGAUCCGAAUGAUCGCAAGUCUACUAGUGGCUUUGCUGUGUUCUUGGGCAGUAAUCUUAUAUCUUGGGUUUGUCGGAAGCAACGGACUGUGGCACGUUCCUCAACUGAAGCAGAAUAA